AUGCAGCCUCCACUAGAGAAUGAAUCCAUUGUCUUAGUGUUUACACUCUCUGGACUAAAUGAAACAAUGGGGAAAAGAUUUGUGUUUUUUUCAUUGACUGCAUUGUAUUAUCCAUUAAUUGUGUUGUGUAAUGUAACCAUAAUUUACACUCUAACCUCGCAUAAGAAGCUUCAUGAGCCGAUGUAUGUCUUUAUAUGUAAUCUGUGUGUAAAUGGACUUUUUGGCACUGCUGGAUUCUAUCCUAAAUUCAUGUAUGAUUUAUUAUCCCAUGAUCAUGUGAUUUCUUAUGCUGGAUGCUUGAUUCAGAUAUUUGUAAUUUAUUCUUCUGUUUUGUGUGACUUUUCAACAUUAACAGUGAUGGCAUAUGACAGAUUUGUGGCAAUAUGUAGACCACUGGAGUAUCAUUCAAUAAUGACCAAUCAGAGGGUUCUUGAAUGUAUCCUUUUCUGUUGGCUUUCUCCAUUUUUUUGCGCUUGUGUUGUAAUUGUAUUAACAUCAAAACUAACAUUAUGUGGCUCUAGUAUUGAAAAGCUAUAUUGUGAAAAUUGGUCAGUUGUUAAACUUUCCUGUUUUUCUACAACAGUAAAUAAUGUGAUUGGGUAUGUAAUCAUUUUUAUAUAUGUUGGACAUGCAAUAUUGAUAUUUUGCUCAUACAUUUACUUGGUUAAAAAAUGCAGAAAGUCAAUAGAGGGCAGGCACAAAUUCAUGCAAACAUGUGUACCACAUCUUCUUGCAUUGCUCAAUGUAACUGGUGCUUUGCUGUUUGAUGUACUGUACACUCGUUAUGGUUCAAAGAGUUUGCCACAAGAUUUGCGUAAUUUCAUGGCCCUGGAAUUCUUACUCAUACCACCCAUUUUAAAUCCCCUCAUUUAUGGACUAAAUCUGACAAGACUACGGAAGGAAGUCAUGAGACUUUUUUAA